GGAUCUGAUCACUCACACUCACCAUGGCCCUGCACAAAGACUCAUAUGUUCUGCUUAAUGAUGGAAACAAAAUGCCAGUGAUUGGAUAUGGCACAUACGCCCCACAAAAGGUGCCCAAGAGCUUGGCAGAGGAGGGCACAAAGGUGGCCAUAGACGUCGGAUACCGCCAUAUUGACGCCGCGUUUUUGUAUCAAAAUGAGGUGGAGGUUGGACGGGCCAUCAGGGAGAAGAUUGCCGAUGGUACAGUGAAGAGAGAGGAUUUGUUUUACACUGGGAAGCUAUGGAGUAAUUUCCACACUCCCGAGAGGGUCCGUCAUGGGCUUGAGAAAUCUCUGAAAGAUCUUCAGUUGGACUAUAUGGACCUCUUUAUCAUCCACACACCCUUUGAGCUCAAGCCUGGAGAUGAUCCCUUCCCAGUGGAUGAAAAUGGAAAAUUUCUCUAUCAUAACACAGACCUUCGGGAUACAUGGAAGGCAAUGGAAGCACUAAAAGAAGCAGGGCUGGUCAAAUCUAUUGGGGUCUCCAACUUUAACAAGACACAGCUUGAGUGGAUCCUCAGCAUGCCUGGACUAAAGUACAAACCCGUCUGUAAUCAGGUGGAAUGUCACCUCUACCUGAACCAGAGCAAACUGCUGGAGUUCUGCAAGUCUAAGGACAUUGUGUUGGUUGGAUACAGCGUAUUGGGUUCCAGCAGGGAUGAGAACUGGAUAGAUCAAAAUUCACCUGUGCUCCUGGAAGACCCAGUGCUGAAUGCAAUUGCUAAGAAGCACAAUCGGACCCCCGCUCAGGUAGCAAUGCGGUACCAGCUCCAACGAGGAGUCGUCGUCCUUGCAAAGAGCUUUACCCCGGCCAGGAUCAAGCAGAACUUUCAGCUUUUUGAUUUCCAAUUAAAUUCUGAAGAAAUGGAAACCCUUAAUGGAGUGGACAAAAAUAUGCGCUAUCUGGAUCUAAAGCCAUUUGCAGACCACCCUAAAUACCCGUUUGCUGAUGAAUACUAACAGAUACGAGUCUUUUCCCUCCUCUUGGGGAAGCCCGGCAGAAACGGCAGUUUACUUCAAGAUUUUCCCUAUAAACUACAAUGAUGUUUGUUUGUGAAUUAAGAAUAAAAACUGAUGUUCCUGGAAA